UUGCAUGCCAAAGUGGUGACGAUGGCGGUCAAGGACCGACGACACCAAGUGCUGGCCGCCGUGCGCCGCGUAUUUGCGGCCGAUGUAUCUGACGACGAUCGCCGCCGGGCAGAUGCGUUCCUCCAAUCGUUUCAAAAGUCGUCGGACGCCAUUCCCAUUGCUCUGACGUGGUUGACCGACGACCGAGACGACGUUGAGGCCCAUGCGCAACUCUUCCUUGUCAACACGAUAUAUCGCGCCAUUUGCAGUCGUGGAAGCAAAGACAUGGCCAAGUACCAGCACCGCAAAGAAGAUAUCCUUCCCGUGUCCACAACCCAACUUGUUGUGUCGUGCUUCCAUCAGCUUUGCACGCACAUCUACGCAGCGUUUUCUCAACCGUCAACGCCGAUGAACAUGGCGAAUCAAUUUGCAUGUUGUGUGACAGUCUGCAUCCUCGGUAGCACAGAGGCGGGGGUGCUGCCCACCCUGGAAGGACUGGCUCGCCAGGAGCGAACCAAGACCACCGAUCCCAACAUGUUGUAUUGCGUCGAAAUGGCCGUCAUCCUUGUGCUGCAACUCGUGCCCGAGGAAAUCCACAACAAACGGCUCUUGCUCCGUAUCGACCAUCGAACGAGAUGGGAGAACGCCGUUGAGGCCGAGUCGGCGGCCGUUUUGGCGGCUGUCGAGGCGUGCUGGCGUGGAAUGCAAAGCCACGCUCUGCCAAAGACCCUGCACGACAAGAUGGAGCACGCGAUCUUUCAGGCGUUUGCGACGUGGGUUGAACACGGCCACUUGCCAGCGAGCACUGUUGCCAACUCUGUCUUGCUGUCUGUCGUAUUGGACCAAUCGACACACCAACUGCGGAGUGGAUCACAUCAUGCCGUGGAGGUGCUCGUAGAAGUGGCUCGCGACGUUGUUCAUGUAUGCAUCGACAUGCAACAUCUACCGCUCAUUCAAGUGCUCCUUUGCUACGCGAUCCACGUUGGCCGUGACGCGAUCCACCUCGACAUGCAGCUACCCACGGAUCUCUUGCUGCAAUUGGUUUCUCUUGUGGCAGACAUUGGCCAGCACGCUCUGGCAUGCCAAGCCCUCCACGCACCAUCGAGCGAGUCGUUCUCGUUCUUGGACGUCGUCUUGUCCCUUACUGCACAUGCGAACACCGACGUCGUGAUGAAACUGGUCGACUUUUGGGUCGACCUGCGCGAAUCGAUUGCCCAGACCCCCGCCAUGUCUGCUGCAUUCGACCCUUAUGUCCACCGAGCCGUCCACGUGCUGCUUCGCAGCACCGAGUACGCCCGCAUUCCCGACCACACGAGCGAAGACUUUUACCAGUACAGAAAAGACAUUCGGACUGUGUUUCGAUCUCUCACCCAGCCUUCACUGCACUACCAGCACCAUUUUGUCCACGAACUCACGACGCUCCUCUUUGACGAAUUUGCACAUGCUAACCGCAUGGCCACGGUCGAAGUGUACGUGCAUGCCCUCAGUGCGAUGGCCAAAGUCAUCGUCGACACGGACGACUCGAUCGUAUUUCGCAUUUUGGACAACCUCGCGCGCUUUGCGGCCAACUGCACUACGCUCAACGUUGACGCACAGUCGCUCCUCCGGACGACUGCGGUCUUCCUCAGUGUUCUCCACACGUGGGCGGCGAAGAACGCAGCGGCGCUCCCCCUCGCUUAUGUGAUCCUGUCCAGGUGCUUUGAAUGUUCCGAGAACGAUCCGGUGUGCCCCAUGCGAGUCGCGGAGGACCAUAUCGGUGCCGUCGCGCUGGCGAAAAUCAGUUCCCAAUGCGCACCUCACAUGGCUCCUUCUUCAUCGUCGAAUUUGCAAUGGCUCCCGGCGAUGCGUUCGAUCUACCUUGCCAACUCCCCCUGCACCACGACGACCCCUGCCAUCAUGACAGACAAGAGCCUCGGCCUCAUCCUCGAAGCUUACGCGCACGUGGCUGCUGUGCCAAGAGAAAACUACUAUGACACAGCCACGCCCGCCAUCGUAGAGCUGUGUGGGGACAUGUUUGAGCUCAUGGAGACCCUGGUACCGCAAUGCCGGCAUCACGACCACGCCCGCGCACAGUUAACCCUCGUUUUGGGCCAUCUCCAAACCCUCGCUGCAUCGCUACCACCUCCCGUACCGGCGGCGCAUGGAAUGCACCCCUUGCUGCACGUCGUUCAACUCAACUGGUCGACGUUGCAACUGAUCUUCACACACACACAGUCCCUAGCGCUUCAGUCAAAAGUCAGCGUGGUGUUUUCGACACUUUUUCGACAUGUGGGUGCGGAUGCAGCCUCGCUGGCACUUGUGGUGGUUCCCAUGUUCAUGGAGGCUUUCGACUCGACCAACAGUCGAUGCUUCCUCGACGCUGUGGCCUCUACCCUGCAUUGUGCCGCGCCCGACGCGACCCCCGACUUGAAUCGACUGCUCAUUCUUACGUUCUCCCACGUCGCCAGCCGCGUGUCCCAGCUCGCCUUAUCCGACGACGACCUCGUCGCUGGGGUGUUUGACUUUGUCAUUGUCGGGGGCACCCGUGCACCGUGGUUGUUCAGCCAAGCGUCGUGCUUUGAGUUCUUCUUUGCCUUUGCCAUGGACGCCUUGCAUCUCGGAUGUACGAACCCUAGCUUGUUUCGAUUCUUUCAAGCAACGUGGCUGUGGGCACGUGCCCUCGACGCUUCGAUGGCGCCACCAUCUUCAUUCCAGGACGACGUCCGAUCGUUUGUCGUCCCGCGCAUGCCUUCGUGCUUCCUUCGAUUGAUCGCCGUCACGGCAGAUCCACCACCGACCACCGCCGACGACACGAUGGACGCCGUCGCGGAAACGUUUCUGCAAGCCGCGCAUGCCUUCGACUCGAGGCACGUCGAGCAGUGGAUGGCCCAAGUAUUGCUGACCGACAACUCGUUUCCGAAGCAAGGAGUGGCGCCCAGUGUCAAAAAAGAGUUUGUCGACAUGAUGCGGCAUCCUCAUGGCGCGACCGCACGCAAGCUGCGGCGACUGUUGAAACAGUUGUGUAAGCAUUAACCAAAAAAAUCGACGCGUGGUGCACCUACGACUGAAUACGUUGCGCGUGGAUCAAGCGCCUGCGUACUCGGUAGCAAGGCGCUGCAUGAGCUCCCACA